UUUGGACCAAUUUCUUGAAUUAGAACAUAAACAGUGUGUGGUUACAAUUAUAAUUGCCAAAAUAAAUAAAACUAAGCUAUAAAACUACAAUGUUUAUAAGCGCAGCAAAGUUUGGCCAACAAUAACAAAAAACUGCACUUUCUCUUGGCAAAAAAACAACACGAAACUAAAAUAAAUUAUAACAACAAAAAGUUGUAGUGCGGCUUUUUUGACAUCUAUUCGAAUCAAUAGAAAGACUCUGAGUGCGUGUGUUUAAAUUGGCAACUCUUGGGCUCGCCAGCAAAAUAAAUAACCAAACAAAUUUUUAAAUCGCUAACGCUUAGGGAAUUUGUAAUUUGCAUAAAGUAAAUACACACACACACACACACCUACAAAUAUACAUAUGUAUAUAAAGCCCAUGUAUGUGUGUGCAUAGCCGUCGAGCAUGUUUAUCACCAAUUUAAGUUAUUUGAACGCCAUUUCACAUACCAGACACAACGGAGGCGGACUUUUGUCUUAGAGCUGUAAGUAGUGCGGUUGGCAAUAAAUGGGAGCAAGCUAAUUAUAUGUAUCGUCGCUGCAUUUGGAAAACUGAAACAUCAUGUCUUCGAUUGAGGAGAAAGUACGACGCAUACUGAAUAGUCAAGAUCUGGGCGAUAUAACUACAGAACUGUGCGACUUUACGCUCAAAGAGCAAAACGCCACAGCCGAGGCGCAGGGAGUGCAGCCAUCAGCUACAUCUGAUUUCUUACCCAUAUUGGGACAAAGUGUUACGUACAUUGUGGCCUGUGUGCUCAUCAAUCAAGAGCAUGAGGUUCUAAUGAUCGAGGAGGCCAAACAAAGCUGUGCAGGCAAGUGGUAUUUACCCGCUGGUCGGAUGGAGCGGGGCGAGACGAUAUGCGAGGCCGCUGCACGCGAAGUGUUCGAAGAAACGGGUCUGAAUGCCGAGAUGACAACAUUGCUGGCCGUCGAGACGGCUGGCGGCUCAUGGUUUCGUUUCGUGCUCACCGGUCGCAUAACGGGCGGGAGACUGAAGACGCCCGCCGAUGCCGAUGCCGAGUCCAUACAGGCCCGUUGGGUGCGUAAUCUGAACGAAGUGCCGUUGCGUGCCAACGACAUACUGAACAUCAUCGAUAUCGGACGCGCCUACUACCAGAAUGCGCUGGCCAGCGGCGAGGAGGCGGCCAAAAGACAGUUGUUGUGCCACGGGAAUGUGCUGCCCACACGCUACCCACACAAACGCAACUAUUUGCGGGUGCUGGCCGUGGUCCGGAAACGUGCCACCAACUCGAUGAACAUUUUAAUAAGCGAGAAGAACGCCCACCACUUUCCCACAGUGGAGCUGCAUCCGAAUCGGAGUCUACACUCGACGCUGCGCAAGUUCAUGAUUGAGAUUUUCGGUGCCGAGCUCCCACAGCACCGCCCACAUGGAGUUCUUAGUCUGGAGCACAACACAACUGAACACGAGAGCACCGAUGGUAUUUGUCUCAAUGUCCUCGUCGCCUUUCGACCGCCCCUCGAGGAGGUCUCCAUAAUUGGUAAAUGUAUUUGGCAUGAGCUGUCGGCGCCACUCGAGGAGACGCUCGGACGCAUAUUGAGCAGCAAAAAUGCCACAAUACCCUUGAAUGUGGUGCGUUAGUUCCCCCCGUCCCCCUUCCCUCUUAGGUUUAGUUCAAUCUCACAAUGGUGCAAGCAUUAUACAAAUUUGUAGUUACAAUUGGAUAACGAGUGACCGAGUUAAAUAAAAUACGGACACCUUAAAAUAUA